GUUUUUUUUUUUUAUUAUUGUUUUCUAUUUUUCUAUUUUUUAUUUUUUCAUUCAUCAUCACUUUUUCUUUUAUUUUAUUUUUAAUACAAGAUGAAAGACCAAGAAGAAAAUGACAAUCCUUCACUGAACAAUCUUGGACCUCAGAUCGAUAUUGAGAUACCAAGACCUUUCAUCAUCCCUCAGCCAAAAUCAUCCGAUUCUGUUAUUGUGCCAAUAACGCUUGAUCCUGUUCUCGGUGCUGCCCCUGUUCAGGUGUUCCAUCUUACACUUGUGGACAUGAUUGCUACGGUCAAGUCCCAACGACUCGUUUGUGUGAAGAAAAAUAUGUAUGACGCUGGUAUCUUUUAUAAAUACGCCUGUGUCAGCUAUCGAUGGGGAGAAUGCAGUGAACAAAUUGCCCUUACGCCAGAUUACAACGCGCAUGUGACUAGUUUUGCCAUUCCAGAUUUGAUUACUUUGUGUAGACAAAUACUGAAUUGGCGUGGUGAUGAUUGGGAUGAUGAUGACUACAUUGAUGAUGAUUUCAUUCGUAGCGUGGUGAAGUAUUUAUGGGUGGAUGCUAUCUCCGUGGACCAAAUGGACCAUGUCAACAAGAAAAAAACUAUUAACCAAAUGUCUGGAAUUUACGCUCGAGCUGAAGUGAUUGUUGCUGUUCCUGAUUUACAUAUUAGUUAUCUCUUGAAUUCACCGACGUAUGCUGAAUCUAUAUCUACCAUCUCCAAGUACGGAAAGAAGAUAUACAGUCAUAUUACAUGGCAAUGUAGGAAGAAAGAAAACCAUGAUGAGGAUGACUACGAUGUCGCUGAUGAUCAAGAAAAAGUUAAUUUUUGGGAACGAAAAAGAGGUCCAGAUGUGACAGGUUUACACAAACACAGGGGGUUUAGACAAUUCAUUAAAGAUGCUGUACGUCAAUCAGGUUUAGCAUUUUGGAGAGGUGGUCAUAAAGAACAUGGAAACAACAUGACAACCGAAAAAAGCAUGAAGGAUCUCCUUGCUGGCAACGGCGAGUUUAUACCAGCCAAAUCGGACGACAAAAGGACAGGCGUUCAAGGGAAUGAUGAUCAAACUAGCUCGGACAACUCUAAUGUUGACAAUAAAACAUCAUCCACUUUCAAAGGAAACAAUAGUGACACUGAUGAUAAAAACAAAAAAAGAGAUGGUUGCCUUUGUUUUGUUGGGAUGACGGAAAAGGAAAAAGAAAGUUACGAUCGAGCAUUCAAGUUCUUGGUAUAUUUGGUCAUGGAUUGGGCCAAUCGCGUAUGGGUGAUUAGUGAGUACAGUAUUGGACGUAGAAGUAAGAUGAAGCUAUGUUUCCUCUCCGCCUGUAGCAGUGUUAACCUUGACAACCAACCUACCAAACUCCUGGAUUUAUUUAAUGAACGCCGGCCUACCAUUUUUGAUCGACCUUUGAAAGAAAGAUCGUUUUUGGAUAUGAUGAUGUAUUCGAAAGCGACACGGAAUGAAGAUCGAUUCUAUGCCGUUCUUCCACUCUACAAACAAUUCAAACAUUUUGCUGAUAAUCAUGAGAUUUCCACGUGGGGUAUCAACGAUCAACUCUCUGUCCGAUUGCAAUUGCUUCGUAUUGUCCAAUUUCAAGAGAAGCUCGCCAUCUUGUUGUUAUGCACGCAAUCAUCCUUUGUUUCUGAUAUCAUUCUCCCUUCUUUUGCUUCGUGUAAUUCAGGUGCUGAAGAACAUAUUCUGGAUUGGGCCACUAAACUUAGUUACAAACCAACGUUGUUGAAGGAAAUCGAAUUGCUCAAAGAUGAGGAUGCUAACUGUGAUUAUCUUCGCGUCGUCGUGCCUCGGUCGAGAACCUAUUAUGUCGAUACCAUCCAUGCUCAUGAUAUUGAGUUGACUGAAAACGCUCGUGGCAAAUUGGGACUAGAUCUCGCCGAACUGGUGACCUCCUUCCUGCCAAUCACUGUUCAUAGUGAUGAAAGGACGAAUCAUACCCUAGGCGUCAAACUAUUGGGCAAUUUGGAAAAAAACAUAUGGAUCAUGCUUAACCGGAUGACGGAUUGGACGGAUGUUCCUGCUUCGCCCUCUGGCAACGGUUCUGCUGGACAACAUCAUGAAUCUCAUGAGCUGGAUACUUCAGAUACGCUGUGGUCAAAUGAAGAUGAGAUGGUGUUCCAUUUAUAUUAG